AUGCUCGGCUCAGGAAAAAGCAGCGGUGUGGUCAAUGAGGCCUCAAACCUCAAGGCGAACCAGAACCUGACAAGCGCCAUUGAGGAAAUGAACACGAAAGAGUACAUCCGCAACCGUGACCUCAAUGACGUGGUACCAACACACCGUCGUCAGGUGGAGGCCAUGAUGAAUAAAGGUAAUAACAACAAUGGCAAGGUCGGACUCCCCGCGUACGAUCCAGCGGCAGAAAAGGAAAAAGAACGAAAGGAACGCGGUCAGACGCACAUAGAAGACAGAAAUGACAGCGACGAUGAUGGGGAGUUGGAGGAGCUCCGCAAGCGACGCAUGGCCCAAAUGCAGCAACAUCACGCAAAGGUGGCAGAGUGGCGGCAGAAGCAACAUGGACAAUACCGUGAGAUAUCGCAAGAUGAGUUCUUUAGCAUUGUUGUGCGAGAGAAGGGCGGGAGUGAUGACGUCUGCGUGCACUUCUAUCACAAGGACUUUGAAACAUGCCGUGUAAUGGACAGCCGCCUGCUUGAACUUUCGCGGAUGAUGUUAAGCGUGAAGUUUGUGAAGAUCGACGCAGAGAAAUCACCCUUUCUUGUUGAGCGGUUGCAUAUUAAAACGUUGCCUUGCUGCGUGCUAUUUCAUAACGACGUUGCAGUCGACCGUAUUUACGGUUUUGAGGGCUGCAUAGGCGAAGAUGGCCUGCUGGACAAGGAACUCCUCGGUGAGCGCAUCCUACGUGCAGUUAACUGUAAGCAGGAGGAAUGCGAAUAA